AUGAUUCUUUUUACUCACUUUCAGAAAAACUCGCCACGUGAUGACGAAAUAGUUCAAAUUCAGUCCGCGCUCCGUGCUCACGCCAUUCGACGUCGACGAAUUCAGUUGCUUAGCAAUGCUGAUGAUGACGUGGAAGAAGAUUUAGAAUGGGAGGAUGCAGUUACUAGGGUCCAGUCUGCGAUGCGUGCGCACCAUGCUAGGCGCAAGUAUUAUUCUAACGCUGAGAAAUUCACCAGGUAAUUGUGUAAGAAUUGUUUUGAGGCCACGUUUAUGUAAGUCGGUAAAUAAGUGGGGUUGUACUAAUCAUCCUUACGCGUAGCUGAGAGCUAAGCUUAAUUGACCAUUUGCGUAAUAGACUAAAUUUUUAUCUAAACAAGUCUUGACAAAAAUUUCGAAGGGUAUUGGGCUGUCAAUUUCCCGUUUGUAAUCUAAAAUGACUGACAAUUGCAAACUUCGCAGGGCUAUAUUAUCCGCAUUUUACAACAUUUCGCAACGAAACUUUGGAAUGUUACUAAUUUUGUGAUGCUCUUUCAAGCUGUGAUGAAAUUUUUGUCUAGAUCAAAAUUUAGUCUAUUACGCAAGUGGUGAAUUGCGAAGGGCGCAAUUCAACCUUUUCGAAGUGAAUGCUUUCGAAGGUCGGCUCUGGCAACCACCUAAUGACUCAUGUCUGAUCAGGGAGCUCAGCUAGGGUGGAAGGGACAGCUUGAAGUUUGUCGCAACCCACCCUGUCAACAUUUCCUGUGUACCUGGACUUUCAUUGGAGUGUUGACUGACUCUUUUUACAUAAGUGUCGGAGCGAGCAAUAAAUAAAUGAGGUUGUAAAUAAGUGUCGGAGCGAGCAAUAAAUAAGUGAGGUUGUAAAUAAGUGUCGGAGCGAGCAAUAAGUGAGGUUGUAAAUAAGUGUCGGAGCGAGCAAUAAAUAAGUGAGGUUGUAAAUAAGUGUCGGAGCGAGCAAUAAAUAAGUGAGGUUGUAAAUAAGUGUCGGAGCGAGCAAUAAAUAAGUGAGGUUGUAAAUAAGUGUCGGAGCGAGCAAUAAAUAAGUGAGGUUGUAAAUAAGUGUCGGAGCGAGCAAUAAAUAAGUGAGGUUGUAAAUAAGUGUCGGAGCGAGCAAUAAAUAAGUGAGGUUGUAAAUAAGUGUUGGAGCGAGCAAUAAAUAAGUGAGGUUGUAAAUAAGUGUUGGAGCGAGCAAUAAAUAAGUGAGGUUGUAAAUAAGUGUCAGAGCGAGCAAUAAAUAAGUGAGGUUGUAAAUAAGUGUCAGAGUGAGCAAUAAAUAAGUGAGGUUGUAAAUAAGUGUCGGAGCGAGCAAUAAAUAAGUGAGGUUGUAAAUAAGUGUCGGAGCGAGCAAUAAAUAAGUGAGGUUGUAAAUAAGUGUCAGAGUGAGCAAUAAAUAAGUGAGGUUGUAAAUAAGUGUCGGAGCGAGCAAUAAAUAAGUGAGGUUGUAAAUAAGUGUCGGAGCGAGCAAUAAAUAAGUGAGGUUGUAAAUAAGUGUCGGAGCGAGCAAUAAAUAAGUGAGGUUGUAAAUAAGUGUCGGAGCGAGCAAUAAAUAAGUGAGGUUGUAAAUAAGUGUCAGAGUGAGCAAUAAAUAAGUGAGGUUGUAAAUAAGUGUCGGAGCGAGCAAUAAAUAAGUGAGGUUGUAAAUAAGUGUCGGAACGAGCAAUAAAUAAGUGGGAUCGGAAUAUUGAAUUGCUUAUCAAGCAAUUCAAUAUUCCGAUCCUCAACCAGCUGGUGACAUAAAAUUGGGUGUGGUGUCAUGUAAUAGGCAAUUCCAGCUUUUAGUUUAUGCCUGCAGGCAAUGAUGGGAAAUAAGGUAUCAUAUUGCUGAUUUGCUUUCCAAAAUUUCAAUAAAAACUACCGAAACAACCGAAAUAUUUCAAUAUUUACAAGUAUAAGCUAUCACUCCGUGUUUACACGGCCACCAUUUCUAUUUUUUCAGCAUAAUCAGCGAUGUGAUACCUUAUUUCCCAUCGUCCCCUGCACGCACAAACUAAAAGCGGGAAUUGUCUGAGUAAGGGGGUCUGAGGGCAUUCGCUGCCAGAAUAUAUACAACAUUACAUUAUACUGUAGAUAGACUGAAUCUUCAGUUAAGCAUUUGCAUGGUAUGUUCAUGUAAAUACCACAACUCGGCACUAACUUGUUUAGCCUAGCCUUCCAACAACUCAAAUCUAUAGAAUCUGGGAUAUGCUACCCACUGGGAAAUUUUUAAAAUCUAAGGUAUUUACAACACAAUGUUUGGCAUUUUUAAAAAGACAUUGAAUGAUUUGAAGAUAAAAAACAUGACAUAAGAUUCACAAAGCAAGGUUCAGUUACUAGAAUCAGUUUCAAUUUCUUAUGAAGGUUUACAUGCCCUACAAGGUUAUUACAGUUAUAGCUUGCACCUUCAUAUUAUGUUAUAUUUAAUGAAGAGAAGUUAUGUAAAAUUUUCAGGUGCUAAUAAUUAUUGAUUGCGUAUUUGUAGAGAACAAUCGAGCCGCGAGCAUUCUGAUGACUCGGAGAAGCAAGGGAAACAAGAGAAAGGAAAGUCAUUUAAACAGCAAUCGUUUUUAAAGAAGUCCCAAUCAAGCGCACGCAAUUCUAUUGAGCAAAGAAACAUGAAUAACAUGGCGGUAAAUAACAGAAACGACAGUGAUGAUAGCGAUGACGAUGUUGUUAUUGGUGGGUCUCGUCUUAACUUGAGAAAUGAUGGAAGAAAAUCCUCUACACCUCGUGAUGAAGGUUUGUAUACGGAAUGAUUUAGCUUCAUUUACUAUGGCAUAUAUUUGUAUAUUGGUAAUAGGAUGGUUUCGUGUUCAAUUUGGAUAAAACAUGCACGAGUAAGUUUUUCAAAGAGCAUCAAAAUAUAAAUAUUUUAUCAAUUAUGAAUAUUUCGCAAAAAAACGUGUGCGAUUUUUCAUUAAUACUUCUCGAGCCGUAUAAUUUCCUAUACUAAGUAAAUCUAAAAUUUCCUUUAGAAGAAAUGAAGAUAUAGGCCUAAUGCACGUGCUUGUGCUGGUCAGAAUUUUUCCAAGGGGGCCCCCAAUAUUUUGCCAGGGGAUCUGCCCAUAGAUAUCUUAUAUACACUAGAUAGCGCAUCUCUUUUAGUAAAAUUGAAGCCAAGAAUAUUCCAGCGGUUACCCCCAUUUGAAUAGAUGGCGGCCAUGUUGGUAGUUCCCACUCGCUAAUAAACGCUUAAACAAACAACAAUAACCUUCAUCAUUUGAAUAGUUUGAAAAAUGUUUUUGGAAUAGGAUAGCAUGAGAAUUGAUAAGAGUUGGCCAGAUAUACUGGUCAAACGAGCAUAAAAUCUCGUCAACCCUUAUAAAAAUUCGAACCAGCUCAAAGUUGAAUAGACUCGAUGAGAGUUGUUGGUCAGACGCCAGCGAGAGUUGCAACUCUCAUCCUCGUUUGACCGGGGUUUUAUUGUACGUAAUCAUAUUUAAAUUUCGAAUGCACGAUCUCCUUUAGCUCCCGUUAGGAAACAGAGAUCCUCAGCAGCAGUCAAUGACAGACCAUCGCGUGACCGUCGACAGAAAAGCGAAAUCAACUCGGAAGACAGUGAUGACAACGUUCAAGUUUCAACCAGGUAAAAUAUAAAGAAAGGUCUCAGCAGAGCUCGUACAAAAAUUGAAAGCCCUCUGAAAGUCCUUGGAUUUGAUUUGAAAACAAAAAUACAAGGCCUUGGAAAUCCUUGAAUGUGUAAAGAAGUACUUGCAAGUCUUAAACUCUUCAUUCUUUAGUUUUGGGAUAUUUCUAAAAUUGUGUUACAUUAGAAAACGGAGAUUUUGUUCAUGUCUAAUACAAAGGCUUAGAAUUGUUUGAUAAAAUGCACAAUUUUUUUGUGUUUCAUGUUUUCUUUAACAUUGCAAUCUUCUUAUAUACAUUACAUGAGGUUACCAAAUGAAAUCAAAUCUCAACCCGGAAUUGAACCGAAGGUGCUUGAUUUGGGGUCGUCUAUUCUGCGAGGAUGUUCAACUGUACACGUCGCAUGAGAUCUAAUCCAAAUAUACGACAGAUUCUGUAGUCGUUAUUGUGGGAAGUUUACGAUUUUCCUUCUAUUACUUAACAAACAUAAAACAUUAUAGAUUUGGAAAAUCAAUUUCCAGCGCGAGUAAGAAAAACGCUAAUUCUGAUGAAAAUGGAUUUUCAUUUGGUAACUCGGCAAAAAAGAAGGAGGUUGAUGAGCAGAAGUUACGAAGUUUCUUUGGGAAAGGGAAUAAUGAGAUGGAUAAUGUUUCAAAUCAUAAAGGUACUAUAAUACAGAAAGCGAGACUUUCAGUAUACGGGGAAAGAUCUUGAUGACUUGCCUCUUACAGUAGCUGUCUGUACAUUAACUGCCUUUGAAAAUCUCUUCGAUUUAUUAACAGCAGAUUUUUCGAACGCAAAUUUAUUAUACAUUUGCAAAGGCCUGAUUCCACGACGGCGAAAUUCUUCGCGCGAUUCCAUUGAAUUUUGCCACUUUUUCCGCUUUCGCAGUCAGUUGAACUGACUUCUACUCACUGGUGAAGCGAUUUUUUUCGCGAAUCUUAAUUUAUCCUUACUGGCAUGCACCUAAUUCAUUUCGCGCGAAAUUUUUCGCAUUUCGCCGAAGAAAGCGCCCGUGGAAUCAGGCCUUUAAAUCUAACCAGGAACAGUUAAAAUGGAAAAAUGGAAAAACCCUGCAUGUUCGCUAAACAGCAACUUUCGCAAAGUUUGUGAAAAGUUUAUGCAAGCAUAGGUAGUUUGGAUUCUGCUGGUGUAUUAAGCACUAAAAUUAUUUUGAAUAGUAAACUUUCAAGUCAAUCAAGCACAGGAAGUUGUUGUUUAAAAGGUUUAAAACUCCAAGGUUUAAAACUCACUUUAGGCACAAAAGUUUUUGGGGGUUGCGCGUUGGACUUGAUGCACAUGCCGGGGAGGCGGGGGACGGGGGGUAAUAAUAUUUUCAUUUGUGACAUAAAUUAUACCAAAUUUGUGGCUUUCAGAUUACCACAAAACGUGUCUAAAUGCAUGAGAUAGCGUUUCGCAGCCUAAAUAGACAAAUUUCCGGGGGACCAUCCAGGGGGACGGGCGACUCCCAAAAUUGUUCUAUGUGUUCAACGAUUGGAACCCCCAUCCCCCCGCCUCUACUUGUUUGGGGCUGCCUACGCCCCUGAUACAUACACUAGUUCCAUAUUCGUCCAUCGAGAUAUAGGAAACCUACAUGAUGAACUAUGUAUUUUAUAUCCCAGGAUCGGAGAAUGAGUCAUCUCUAGACAAUUUCUUCACUUCAUCACGGUCAACCCAACAACAGCGGUUUGAGAGCCAGGCUGGAAGUGAUCCUGAAAGCGAGGUUAAUGUGCCGAAGAAAAACAAAACAUCAAGUGAUGCAACGGUGGACGAGAAACCGAAAAAAUGUAUGUAGUAUACAAUCUUUAUCAUACGUAGUAGUCAAAAUAGUGACAUCUGAGUAUCUUGACUACAGGUGAGUAUAUCAUUUGCAUUGAAG